AUGACAGAGCCAGUACCAGAACCGCCCUCACUGGGCUCCUCGCCGUCGAUAGGACAUUCGAUGAAUUACCCAUUUGCGACGUCGCCAGACAUACUACGAGUUCACCAGAAAGAUGCCUAUAUGACCACACAACUGUCUGUCGAUGCUUCGAACAUUCUGCGGGCCUUGCUGGGCGCUCGAUUUGCCCAUAAGUACUCAGGUGCUACCGCAACGCUCUCCGAACUUGCAUACCUGUGCCUGACUACCCUACUCGGAAACCGAACACUGGGGGAGGAGUAUUGCGAUGUAAUUCAGGUCUCCAGUGCCUCACCUGCACUUCAGCUGCCGAGUCUCGCGCAACGACUAUCAUACAUCAUUUCUGUUACACUAACACCUUGGGCUCUCUCCCACUCCUUACCCGCUCUCCGGAGGCGUCUUCGCUCCAAGCUUGAGUACGGCAUUGGGCGGCAGAAGGCGCGGUCCAAGCCGUCUGACAAACCAUCAGCAUCGUUGCGGACAAAAGAGUACAUAUUGAAACACCUAGACACCCUGACAUCUCUUUCGCCUAUCUACGCUAUCUCGUUGACUGCCUUCUACUUCACCGGCAGUUAUUACCAUAUCGCAAAACGUCUCACAUCACUACGCUACAUUUUCACCAAGAAGCUUGGUCCCAAUGAACAGAGAGAAGGCUAUGAGGUCCUCGGCGUACUUCUUGUGCUGCAGAUUUUGGUGCAGUCGAUUCUACACGUCCGCGAGACAGUCUUCCCUAGGUCAGACCAGCUUAGUGUGACCGCACCCACCGCUGCCUUGGUAGGACCCGGCAUAGAAUUGCCCGUGAAUAGCAGCUCUUCCGAUCCAGCAACUCUUCCUUUGCCACAAGAGCUUCCACCAGGGCUAGCCGCGAACACCGCAACGCCUGUGCUUGCGGAGCCACGCAUUGAGCUCUCUGAGCCCUCCGCACUCGCUUACAUCGGAGCAUCCGCAGACUCGUCCGCAGAAACUGAACAGCAACGAAAGUGUACACUCUGCCUCGAACCUUACAAGGACCCGAGCGUAACAACUUGCGGACAUAUCUUCUGUUGGGAAUGCGUUAUGGACUGGGUCAGAGAGAAGCCCGAGUGCCCAUUGUGCCGACAGAGUAUCUCUGCGCAGAAGGUGUUGCCAAUACGCGGCUACUAG